GUGCAGGCUCUUCUGCCUCAGUUAAGAGCGCUGGACAUCCUGCAAGACAGGGGGGGAUGCUCCGUUUGAAAGUUUCCCUGGCAGCCUUGUGGAAAACUAUGAUGGCAUGGCGUCCCUCCUGUGCCUCACCCAUUGCUACCGCUGCUCUGUGUUCCACUGUGACUGACCAUCUUUGCGACAGUGCCGAGCAGAAGACCUCUGAUCUGCCUGAAGUUGAUUCGGUGGCGCAGCAUGGAGGCGAAUGUUGUGACCCAGCAAGCAUUGAGGGGAUGGUGGACAGAGUGCUGUCCAGUGAAGGUCUUGACGGCAUCGCCAGACACCUGGUUGAUGAGAUGCAGGGUAUCCUACAGGAGAGUAGCCCAUCUGUGCCACCAUCGGAUUCUGGCAGAAGCACCCCGCUAUCUCGGCCUCCUCAGAUGGUGUACUCAUAUGCAGAAGCAGCUAUGGAGGAUUUGCUCAAGCCAUUAUUACCGUUUCUGGUGGCUCAUAGCGCUCCUUUGGAUGGACCGAGACGGGCGGACUCCCCUGCCACUGAUGCAGUAGGUGAACUCCCAGCCACAGCAGAGAACAAGGAAACAGCAUCUUCUCACAGCAAGGACCAAAGCACUAUAACGGCCAGCUGUGAACCGGACAUGGAACCGCAGGACUCCGUGUCCCAGAAGCGGCGCAGCAUGAUCAGCUUCUUCACCAAUCUGAUGGUCCACCAGCUGGUGGUCAUGCUUCAGAAGGACGCAGCAGUGAAGGAAUGGAGCAAUGAUCAGAAGGGAACGUGUGAAGGUCUGAUUGACAAAGUCCUGUCAGAGUUCAGUGGAGCCUCUGGAGCGCCGAACAGCCAUGAACAUCUGAACAACAUCAAGACCCAGACCAUUUACAGGAUAAUGGAGAAGCUCCUGCUGAAGGAGUCUGGCUCCGAAGACAUCCAGCAGAAGGCAGUGAAACUAGAGGAUGGCUCAUUUCAUAAGAGCUUUCUGACGAAGUUGAGAGAACGGUUCCAUAAGAAUAACAAAGAAGUCACUGUUGCCCCUCCAACUUCACUGAGAGCUUCAUCUUCACUUGGAUCUGUGCCUGGAGCUACAGGUGCUCAAAAAGCAGGGAGGUUCUCCAGAUUUCGGCUCAAGUUUCCAAAGAGACGUAGCACAAAGGUGUCUCCCGCCAGUGCCAUUUCUGACAUGGCAAACAAGCAUGCAGAGACUGCUGCCCCCUGUGCAUCUGAGAUGACUUCGGAUGCAUCUGUUGAUGGACCAAACACUUGCAAACGCUCCUGGAUCAUGAGAGUGUUCGGCUGCUGCCGCCAAAGUCCAACUGAAGUCUGAACACACCUCAAACUCCCCAUCCUCCCAUCUCAAAGGAGUUUCUAUUCCAUUUCCAACACCUACUCCCCUCUUCAGCUUGGAUGUACCACCCGACCACACACACACACACA